GAACCAUGAAGAUAUUUUUAUCCGACUCAUCCACCACUUUGACCUCCCAAAAAUAUGCUUUCAAGACCUCCUCACAUCCUUCCUCAGUGGUUAAUUAGAUGACCUGAACUGACCAAUGAAACUUCAGUAAUUCCAUUUACUGCUGUACGUCAUUCAUAAUGUGUCUUUAGUUUCUUUACGUCGUAUUUGAUGAUAAUUGUCGCUACGCAUACAGAUUUUUCAUGAGAAUGCCAGAUGACAUAGGAAUUCCAGAAUAUUUUAACCUUGGAUUUAUCAUUUACCAAAAUUAAAGGAAACUGUUAUACAGAGAAGUUAUAAUCCUUGUUUAUACAAAUCUGUGUAAGAAUUACUGUGAAUUCUUUUGGCUACGAUUGUUAACAAAAUUUCUCUGCUGCACUGUUUGGAAUCUGUAUUCUGAUUGAACUUGGAUUACAAAGAAGUUUGCAGGACCUUCAGAUUUUGACAAAGAUCACAAUUGAUAAAGAAAUACAACAGAAUGAAUAUUUGUGAGGAAUAAAAUAUAAGAACUUAAAGAAAAUUAACCGAAUAUUUCAGUUAGAGUGAAGAAAAGUUAUGGAGAAGGAAUUCUCUGAAGUCAGUGUAAAAUGUGAAUCGCAGUUUGAAAAGAAUGAGUUUCUUGGGGAAUUGUCAAAAGAUUCAGGCAAUUCAUUUUACCAUUGUGAUAUCUGUAGAAAGUCAUUCUCUCAAAAAGGUAAUCUGAAUAUUCACAGACAGAUUCAUGCCGGACAAAAACCAUAUCACUGUGAUAUUUGUGGUAAAUCAUUCUCUCAGAAGGGUAACUUCAAUAUUCACAGAUACAUUCACACAGGAGAGAAACCGUAUCACUGCGAUGUCUGUGGUAAAUCAUUCUCACAAAAAAGUAGCUUAACAAUACACAAAAGAAUUCACACAGGAAGGAAACCCUACAGCUGCGAUGUCUGUGAUAAGUCAUUUUCUGAGACAGGUGGCUUAACCAUUCACAAACGCAUUCAUACAGGAGAGAAACCAUAUCACUGUGACAUCUGUGAUAAAUCAUUUUCUGGACGUGGCAACUUAGCUACACACAAACGUAUCCAUACAGGUGAGAGGCCGUACCCUUGUGAUAUCUGUAGUAAAUCAUUCUCUCAGAAAGAAAGCUUGAUAAAUCACAAGCAUCUUCAUACAGGAGAGAAACCGUUUCUCUGUGAUAUCUGUGGUAAAUCAUUCUCUCAAAGAAAUAGCCUUGCUGAACACAAACACAUUCAUACAGGUGAGAAACCGUAUGUGUGCAAUAUCUGUGGGAAAUCUUUCUCUGUAGGAAGCCACUUAAUUAGACACAAAUCCAUUCAUACAGGAGAGAAGCCAUAUCACUGUGAUGUCUGUGGCAAAUCAUUCUCUCAGAAUGGUAUCUUGACUACACACAAACGGAUUCAUACAGGAGAAAAACCAUAUCAGUGUGAUAUCUGCAAUAAAUCUUUUUCUCAUAAAGGUAACUUAACUACACAUAAAAAUAUUCAUUCAGGAGAGAAGCAACUCCAGUGUAGUAUCUCUGACCAGUCAUUCUCUCAAAGUGAUAACCUGACUAUACAUGUAUAUAUCCAUGAAAGAGAGUAACAAUAUCACUAUGAUGUGUGAAGGCGCAUGGCUCAAUGGUUAGAGCAUUCGGCUGACAAUCAUGAAGUAGUGAGUUUGAUUCCCCAGACCAGAUUGUGUGUUGUGUUCUUGAGCAAGACACUUUAUUUUACGUUACUCCAGUUCACUCUGCUGUAGAAAUGAGUUGUGACGUCACUGGUGCCAAGCUAUAUCAGCCUUUGGAUAAUGUCAGUGGCAUGGAUAGGAGAGGCUGGUAUACGUGGGUGACUGCUGGUCUCCUAUUAAGAAACUUGCCCAGAUUUGUGCCUCAUAGAGGGGAACUUUCUUGGUGUAAUCCCAUGGUCAUUCAUGACCGAAGGGGGGUCUUUACGUUUUUAUGAUGCAGGUACCUGAACUAUGCAUAAACAUCUUUAUACAGCUGGUACCACAAAGAAAAGCCCUCAGUCCUCUUUGUUGGGUGCUUGAUGUUAGGAAGAGCAUCCAACCGUGAAGACCCUUCCAAAACAGACAGUAAAGCCUGAUGCAAUCUGCCUAGCUAGCCCCUGUCAAACCUGCAACUCAUGGAAAACGGAUGUUGAAUGAUGAUACACAGAAAUAUUUAUACAGAGGAGAAACUCUAUCACUGACAUCUGUAUGGUUAGCUCGUUAGCACUGAGAUUACUUUGUUGAAUGUAAUGCUUUUUUUUAUUCACAUUGUUUUAAAUCUGUUACUCUUCUACUUGUUUCAGUCAUUUGACUGCGGCCAUGCUGGAGCACCACCUUUAGUCGAGCAAAUCGACCCUAGGACUUAUACUUUGGAAGCCUGGUACUUAUUCUAUCGGUCUCUUUUGCCGAACCGCUAAGUUACGGGGAUGUAAACACACCAGCAUCGGUUGUCAAGCGAUGUUGGGGUGACAAACACGGACACACAAACAUAUAUAUAUAUAUACAUAUAUACGAUGGGCUUCUUUCAGUUUCCGUCUACCAAAUCCACUGACAGUGCUUUGGUCGGCCCAAGGCUAUAGUAGAAGACACUUGCCCAAGGUACCACACAGUGGGACUGAACCCGGAACAUGUGGUUGGUAAGCAAGCUACUUACCACACAACCACUCCUGUUUCCUGUUGUUGUUCAUUAUCUUUUAGCUUGAAGAUAUUAAUGAUGUGAUUGUUUAUUUUUUUUUUUGGAAUGUCUUUGUAUGGGACAUAUGGCAACCCAGAUUUCUGGUCUGAACAUAAAAUGGGUAGAAUAUUCAGGCCAGAUGUGGCCAGUUUAAAUGCUAAAGACUUAAAUCAUUCUGUCAACCACAUCACUUAACCACACACACACCAUAGAAAUGAGAAAACACAUCACUGCAAAAUCUGUAGUGAAUGUUUCUCUCAAACAAAUCACUUAACUACAAGUACACUAGUGUAGCUAGGGGGAGGGGGCGGUAGAUACAGUCUGCCCCAGCCCCAGGCGGCACUUUUAAAGGGACACCACUUUCGAGGGCUCUGCUGUAGGCAAUGUUUUUUGUGGGGUCCGAGAGUGGCAAACCCGGGCGACACACACUCUAGCUAUGCUAGUGCACAUACACGAACCUUCACACAGAAGAGAAACCACAUUACUGUAAUAUCUGUAGUGAAUGCUUCUCUUAAAUAGACCACUGACACAAACACAUUCAUACAGAAGAGUAACUGCAUCAAUGUCUGAAGUGAUUUGUGGAAUUAAAAAUGUCGCAUGUAACAACAAAUAUAUCCUAUCAGGAAAGAAGAUAUCAGUGUGUUAUAACAACCUGUUAACGUUAUAUUUUAUGUAACCACAUCAAUAUCUACCAUUGUUGUAUUUUUAAUAAAAAUUCUUCUUUUGUAAUAUU